CAGCACCACAUAACACCAUAGUGUCUCCGCUGCUGCUUAAAAAAGGGGCGCCAGUUGGCUCUUAACUUAACUAACCAUUCUUCUUUUCCACUUUAAAGGUACACUUACUAAGCCAACUUUUUACUCUCCGUACUUUUACCACUUUCGAGCCUCAUUUCAAAUUCAAAAAGUGAGCUCUGAAGAAAUGGCGGAGCAUAAAAUCACUCAAUGGGGAAAAGAAAGACUGGCAGGAUUGAAGAACAAAGCGGCCGGCGGGAUUUCAUCACUUGUGAGAAAACAGGUAAACUCUUGGUGUAAUUAACCAACAGUGCUGUUGACGCUAACCCACUUAAUAUCACCAUUCAUCAAGCUUCGCUUCAGAUUCCCCGCUACUUUCUACAAUAAGUGGAAGACCAACAACUGAUUUUCAAACUCUAUUUCCAAAGGGUAUCCAUAAACACGUCUGCUGUUCCUGCUAUCUGGCCAAAACAAUACCUACCUUCCUAUAUUUAUCUUCACAGUUUGUUUAUCAAAGAGCGCCUCAUUUUUCAUCUCAUUCCUUCAAUGUCCAUUUUCUGAUUAAAAAUGACCAAAAUGCAAUAUUGAACUUGGGGAAAAAAGUUUCGCGCCUUUACUUUUACUUUGCACUACUUCCGCCCCUGCCUUGAAGAUAUUACUAUCCAAUAUCGGAUAGUAAUAAUAACCAGAAAAAUCAUUACCAUCACCCAACUUUUUCAUACCAACCGGUUUAUGGUUUAUACUAUUUUCUAAUACUGUUUGCUCUACUGAAUAAACAAUGACAUAUGCUAAUGAGUACCAAAAUAUGUAAAACUGGAUAGAAAAAAUUGACGUUUGAACAUUCAAUUUUUGCAUAAGACUCAGCAGAAAUCACUCCACCAUCAAAAAAUUGAAAGUCCAAUGACCAGUGCAAAGUAUUCGGUGAGGUGAAUUGCAUUUGAAAGACCUCAUUUGACUGAUUUGAAAAACGAAAAUAAAAGGCGGAAUGAAUAAUUUCAAAUAAAUUUCUCCACGGCAGAUUAAUGUCAAGAGGCCAAUUUUACAUAGAGCCGAGGAAAAAAGAACCCAAAAACCCAAUAACACCUAUUCUCCCUUCUAAUUUACUACACAUCAUUUCACUUUAUAGCUCACUCACUUUUCUAUGUACUGGAAGACGAAACCAUCAGAGUCAGUAGGAUAUACUCUUACCAAUACUGGCUUCCAUUGAAGCCCAACUUUUCAUUUACUGAACCUCAUCAGCCAACUUAUUUAUCAACCAUUCUCACACAACUUUACUCUCCGUUAAAACUGGUUUUCUUUUCACAUCAAUUUGAAUUUAAUUAAACACUUCAAAUUGAAAAAUUUUGAACGCAAGAUAGACAUAGCUAGAAAUUGAUGUUGAAAGAUGAUCACAGAGAUCAUACAUAGUCUGGGCAACAUCAACAGGGGUCUGGACAGUGACUUCUCAGAUAGACUCAACUUCAGAUACACCAAUGCUCUUCUCAUUGGCUUAGGCUUACUAGUUACAACUCGUCAGUUCGUGGGAGAAGCCAUAAUAUGUUGGUCACCUCAACAAUUUACGGGCCAGUGGGUAACAUAUGCAGACAAUUUCUGCUGGAUCUCAGACACCAUGUACCACGGAGUCAAUGACAGGAGCCAGAAUCUGAGGACCCACUCGCCCUACUCGGGAGGAGAGAGAGUCAUUUACUACCAGUGGACCCCACUCAUUCUAUUCACUAUGUCACUCCUGUUCACAAUGCCUCAUCUUCUCUGGAAAGCAGUUUACGACAACGCUGGUUUCAAUUUCGAAGAAAUCGCAACGAUGGCCAAUUCAUUCGAGACGAUGGUGGACUCAGAGCAAUGGGAGAGUGUGGUUGUGAAAAUCACCAGACACGUGGACAGAUACCUGGAACUGCAGAAGCAACCAGCGCCCUCCUUCUGCGGAAGAGUAAGGGCCAUUCUGACUGGCAAAUGUGUGGUGGAUGUCAGCCGACACAAUGGCAACUACCUGACCAUAGUGUACCCUAUGGUUAAGUGUCUCUUUCUCCUCAAUAUUCUGCUGCAGUAUUACUGUCUUACUUGUUGGAUCGGACAACAGUACUUGUUUUAUGGCUUCACUGUCAUCAUCGAUGUCCUUUACAAAGGGUAUCGUUUUGGGGAUGUGAUCUACAUGUUUCCCCGUGUGACCUGGUGCACAGUGAAGGGGCGUGCGAUAGAGGAGGUGCAUGACUACCACAUGCACUGUGUGCUGCCCAUCAACAUCUUCAAUGAGUACGUCUUCCUCUUCCUCUGGUUCUGGCUCCUCCUCCUCUUCGCAGUCUCCUCCCUCAGUCUCAUCCGCUGGUUCGCCAACUGCACCACCGUCGGGGGACACGACUACAUUCGGAAACACCUGAAGUUCUCGGGCCGACUCCAGUCCACAUCUGAGAAGAAACUCAUGAAGCGGUUCUUGAGAGGGUACCUCAAAUCUGACGGCAUCUUCAUUAUCAAGAUGCUCUCACGGAACACCAGCAGCCUUUUCAUUUCCGAUCUAACGCAGAACCUCUUUGACUUCUACAUCCAGAAGUCAAAAGUCAUCGUCGGGUCGGGAGAUGAGGCCAUGAAGCCGACUCCGAACAAUUCAAAUGAUCGUAAUAGGUCUGAAAAAUGCACAGAUUGUUUUGCGUUGCAUAACUUAGACAGAGGAGAUAGUCCACCAGCUUUACCCCCGAAGGCAAUGACCUUGAAACCCACACGAGAUAUACCCCAACAGCGGAACUACAUUCCAAUACCCGUCCCCUCUCCACCGCCUCACGAUAAUUUUUAUCUGAGAGACAACGGAUGCUCGGGACUGACACUUGGACGCGAUUCAGAGGGAGGGACUAUGAUGAUGCAGAGACGAUUGACAUCAUCGCAGGAACUGACAUUGAAUGAGAAUAAGAUUGGGGUAAACUACAGCAUCAAUGAACGAAGAACAGUGGAUGACUCGCAGCUUAUGAACAUCAUGCCCCCUAACUAUUCCAUGUCCCCCACGAGUAACAAAGGGCCUUGAUGGUCACAGAUCCCAUUUUCAUAAACAAAGCGAAAGUUGAAUGCUAAUUGAACUGGUACUCACAAUUUGAA